AUGCCAGAACAAGGAUCAGUACUGCAGUCUCGAGUGGUUCGCAGAAGAAACCCACGCCCCAUUAAUUCAUGCGUCGAGUGCCGAACUCGGAAGUCGCGAUGCUCCAAAACGCACCCCUGCCAGAAUUGCACAGCCUUUGGUCGAGAAUGUGUCUUCAUCACCGUUCCGGAGAGCGCGGCGCGCAAGAAAGAGCGGGAACAGAGGGAGCGCGCAUCUUCGAAAUCUGGAUCCAACGUUACUGUACCGGACUGGACUAGAAACAUCCCGGUGCGCACGCAAAGCUCCACCAGCCUGCCUGAUCAUGAGCCAUACGAGAACCCGAAUUCGGUCAACACGACCACGCCAGGAACUCCGCCCAGAGAUUACGAGUGGCAGGAGUAUCAACAGGAUGUCGAGGUUGAUGGAGAUGCUUGGGAGAGGCUCCCAGCGGAACCCGAAGAGACCCAGGACGAUGUCUACGAGGAUGAGAACGACGACGAAGAUCAGAUCGCGACAGACCUCACCAUAAGGAUUGGGAGGAUGAUCAUCUGUGAAAAUGUGACUGGCUUCUUUCGCCCUCAGUAUGCCGAAGAGCUGGGCAAGCUUCUCGCCGAGCGCAACGCCUCAAUCUCGUCAGUCGCUGGCCAAAGACAGUCGCAGUCAUCUGCGCUUCUGUCGGCAGAACAGAUGCCUUCACUUGCGCCGGCAUUGAACCUGCUGCUCGGUGGCUCGAUAUCUGCACACAGCAACAAUGACAUUAGUGCCCCGCAGCUCCCGACCAAGAUGGAAGCUGAGGCGCUCUUCCAGCGCUACCUCGACGCUGUCGAUCCGAUGGCCCAUGUCCUGCAUAUUCCUUCAUUCAAACGCCUUUUUGAGCGAUUUUGGAUGCACGUUGAAAUUGGCAGCCCUAAUCAGAACUCGUGUACUGCUCUGAUAUUGGCGGUAUGUAUGGCCGCAGCUGCAUCAGUAUCACCACUGCAAGCGAAGUCACAAUUCGGUAUUACCAAAGAAGACUUGUUCUUGAGGCUACAAAAAGCCACCGAGCGGGCUCUGCUACGUGCCAAUUGGGCAAAGACGUCAAAUAUCAGAACACUGCAAGCGCUGACCAUAUAUUUGAUCCCUCUUUGCAGAGCCCAGAUAUCAAGAGCCACGUCUGUUGUAGUGGGCGCACUUGUACGCUUAGCACAAUGUAUAGGCAUACACCGUCUCAGCCACAGCUCUGCGACCAGCCUUACACCGUUGCAGCGCCAUGUCCGAUCGUUGCUAUGGUACCAGAUCUGCUUCCUCGACUUCAAGACUGCCGAGGCGCAAGGCCCCCAUCCAUCAAUCCGAUCUGACGAUGUCGACAUCGCUAUGCCCCUUAAUGUGAACGACGAUGUUUUUGAGUUCGGAACCUCAGAAUGGCAGCAGAACCCAACCUCAGUUCACGGAUGGACAGACGUCACUCUAUCGCUCAUUCGAUAUGAGUGCAACGAGAUCCAUCGUCUCAUUUUCCGAGGCAGAAUCGAGAUGGAUCGUAAACAUAUUACACUUCACGACCUGCGCGGUCGCGUCGAAGCGCGAAGACGCCAAAUUCAGAACAAGUACCUGCAAUUCCUUGAUGCUACAGUACCUAUCCAGCGAUACGCAGGCCUCGUCGCCACUCUCCUCAUGUCACGCUGCGAUUCGAUGCUCCUCUACCGCCAUCUUCCCCAAACCUCUCUCCAACCGCGCUCAGAAUCCGAGAACCGUCUCCGCGACGUCCUUCUCACUGCAGCCCUUACGACCCUCGAGAUCGGUGCAACCCUGGAUACCCUCCCAUCCCUCAGCUCCUGGGCCUGGUACUCAACCACGUACCAACAAUAUCACGCCGUCCUCCUGCUCCUCACCGAACUCUACCGCACGCCGGACCUCCCGCGCAAAGACCGCAUGAUGACCAUGAUCGACCACAUUUUCGGGCACUGCUACGGCAUCGGCGUGCGCGAGCGGUGUUCUGACCUGUUAUGGACCGUAAAGGAGAACCUCGAGGCCUUCUACGUAAUGAAGGGCUUCAACAAGAAGCGCCAAAACCUCGCACCCCAACAACACCCCACGCUACAACCCCUCCCCUCAUUCUCCUCCACCUCGCCCAACUUCGUAAACACCCCGCGCAUGGCCCCAGGCCCGCCGGGCCAGCUGCACCGCACCACGACGCUGGACGGGCUGAACGUCGACUUCGACAGCAUCCUGGGCAGUCUGAACGGCGGGGGAAAUCCAGACGAUUUCGACAUCUUCAGCAACAUGGGGAGCAACAACGGCGGACACGAUGGGAAUGCGAUUUUCGUGCCUGUGGACAGCAGCAGCGGGCAAGGCGGUGGGGAUUUCGGGACUACGAGUCCGAAUGGCGGGUUGCAGCAAUGGGAGAACUGGAACUUUCCCAACCCGCAACCAAAGUACGAGAAUUAG